AUGGUCGCCAUCGUUAGCAAGGCGACCGCUGGCGGCGGCGAUGUCCCUCGCUUCGAACGCGUCAACUGGCGGAAGGAGCCGCACUUGAAGAAGCUCUACAUCAUGACCGUCUUCCUUCUUGUCGCCUCAGCCACAACUGGCUACGACGGCAUGUUGGCCAACACGGCGCAGCAGAUGGACAGGUUCAAAAAGUUCUUUUCCAUUGAGAAUGGCUCCAUGAACGAAGUCUUCAUCUGGGACCCCGUCAAGAUGGAGUGGGGUGCCGAUGCGAACAAGCUCGGUAUCAUGAUCAACAUGUUUAACAUCGGCUCCAUCAUCUCCUACUUCAUGACUCCGUAUAUUGCCGAUUUCUUCGGCCGAAAGCCGACCAUCAUGCUCGGCUGUGUCGUCAUGAUUGUUGGCGGUGUCAUCUCUGCUGCCUGUAAUGGCUACGGAAUGUGGAUGGCCGGUCGAUUCAUUCUUGGCUUCGGGAACUCGUUCUCCCAGAUGUGCUCUCCUCUGCUCCUCACAGAGAUCUGCCACCCUCAACAUCGUGGUCCCCUCACUGCCGUCUACAAUUGUCUCUGGAACUUGGGUGCUCUCAUUGUCUCUGUCGUCGGUUGGGGAACCUCGACCAUCGGAAACGACUGGUGUUGGCGAUCCAUCACACUCAUUCAAAUCGUUCCGUCCGUCUUCCAGCUUUGCGGCGUCUGGUGGCUCCCCGAGUCGCCGCGUUUCCUCGUUUCCAAGGACAAAUCCGAGAAGGCUCUCGAAGUCCUCGUUAAGCAUCACGGCGGCGGCGAUAUCAACAAUUCCACAGUCCAAUUCGAAUAUCGCGAGAUCAAGGAAACCAUUACCAUGGAGGCUAAUGCCGAUAAGAGCAGCAGUUACAUCGACUUCUUUAGGACGAAGGGAAACCGCUGGCGAUUGGCCAUCAUCAUUUCUCUUGGUGUCAUCUCCCAGUACUCUGGUAACGCCCUCUUUUCCAAUUAUAUCGACCGUGUUUAUGAUGGUGCCGGCAUCAAGGAGGAGAAUAAGAAACUUGGUCUCUCGGCUGGCAAGACAAUCAUGGAUCUCACAAUUGCCGUCGGUGCCGCCCUGACCGUCGAUAAAGUUGGUCGCCGACCUCUCUUCCUUGCCGCCAUUAGCGGCAUGGUUGCAUCUUUCGUCUGCUGGACCAUUGUCGGAGCCAUCUACGAGAACUCUGGAGAGUCCAACCAGCGAGCCGGCGAUGCGCAAAUCGUGUUCAUCUGGUUCUUUGGUAUUUUCUACGAUAUCGGCUUCUCUGGCCUGCUCGUUGCCUAUGCCCUCGAAGUUCUUCCUUUUGCUCUCCGGGCCAAGGGCAUGAUGAUUCUCAACAUCACCAUCCAGGCCGUCCUCGCUCUCGGCAACCAGACUAACCUUCUGGCGUGGAACAAUCUCCCGAAUCACUGGAACUUCAUGUUGUUCUAUACGCUUUGGGACUUUUGCGAGUUGGUGUUCGUUUGGUUCUUCUACGUCGAAACAAAGGGACCUACGCUCGAGGAAAUUGCUAAGAUCUUUGACGGUGAUGAUGCCGUUGCCCAUGUUGACCUUCACCAAGUUGAAAAGGAGAUCCGCAUGGCUGAACACGAGGAGGAUAUCAAGGCCCCGUCGCUUCCAUCGGAGAAAUCUGCGGUGUAA